CUGACAGAAUGCUCGGGAGUCACCUGCGACUGCAUGGGAAGCGGCGGAUCCACCCCUGCAACAUCUGUGGGAAGGAGUUCAACCACAGCUCAAGCCUGUCGCGUCAUCGCCUCAUCCACAAGAAGGGGAAGGGCCUCCCGAAGGACGCUGCCCUCAGCACCAAUAUGGCCGCCAUGCGUCACUCACUGAAGGCCGGCAGCAAGAACAAGAAGACCAAGAGGCAGCAGCAGCAGCAGCAGCAGCAGCAUGUGGUGGCGGCCGCCAUCAUCCAGAACCCGGGCGGGGAUAAGUUCUAUGCCUGCCCGCAGUGCGACAUGAGCUUCAGGACGUCCACGCAGCUGUCGAAGCACCAGGUGACCCACGUCAAGGAGCUGCUGGACAACUACACACCUGGGAAGGAGAACCUGGGCGAGACCUCGUCCGACCUCAAGAUCCGCCUCAAGCUCUGCUCCCGCGACAAGCCCAACUUCUACACCCUCUGCAAGAAGAACCGGCGCCGACAGGGCGGCCGGGCUGGCAAACGUGGCUCCGCCCCCUCUGAAGAGGAGGUUGGAUCAGGUGGGGGUGGUCGCCAUGGCUGUGGCCAGUGCGGGAAGCGCUUUAGCCAUGCUUCCAGCCUGGCACGGCACCAGCAGACCCACCGGGCUGGUGAUGGCGGCGGGAGGAGCAAGCUGCAGCAGCACCAGAAGACCGGACUUGGCGCUGCCAAGACGAAGACGUACACCUGCGCAGCAUGCAACAAGACCUUCAUGCACUCGUCCAGCUUCUCUCGCCACAAGAAGGCGCACCUGGAGGAGGAGCAGCGGGCCCGGGCCGCCGCCAAACGCCGCAAGAGACCUGUCUUAGAUGAGACCGCCCCGCUGGAGUCCGACUCUGAGUGAUGGCGCCACUCUCUGGACUGGGUUUGGACCGGUUCUGGUUCUGAACCAGCACUGACUGGUUCUGGACUGGUUUGGGACCAGUUCUGGAAAGUUCUACUUUGGAAAUGUUCUGGACCAGUUGGGACCGGUUCUGGUGGUCCAGGUUCCAGACUGGACCUGGUUGGUACUGUGGUGUAGAUAGCAGCAGGACUUCCUUAUAUGGUCGUAUGGGUGGGCGUGUCCACGUACAUCGCAUCCAUAUAUGGUCAGAAGUGACCACAGCUCAUCGCUCUUACGAAUGGGAUUAGAUUUGCAGCCCCGCCCCCUCACUCCAUUACCCAUCAGCCCCCUGAACACAGAGACCGUCCGCUGCAGAACAUCAUGGGAAACUGAGUCCUGCAGCUUUAGACACAUCCGCUCUCUGAUUGGAGGGUUCCACUUUGUUAGCGACAAAAAUCACACAAAAAACAAAAGACCAAUCAAUCGAUUGAUCAGCCACAUGAAUCCGCAUCUGUUUUGAUAACUGAUUCGUUGAUUGAAUCAUUUAUUGAAGCAGAGAAGAGAAGUCGUUUAAUCGAGAAAAUAUUCAGAUUCAGUUGGUGAUCAUCGUCUACUGGAACCAAUAUCCAAUAAUCGCUUUAAUUAUUGAUUAGCAGGCGUCAUGUUACUCAGUUGAUCAAUUGAUUAUCAUCGAUUCUGCUGAUUCUCUUCAGUUUGUUUCAGCUGCAAAAACUAAAUGAUCACUUGGAUCGAUCACGAUGUGUUUUUGUCGUCAGUUAGCUGGACCGGUCCGAUCCGGUUCUUCGUGGCGCCGCCUCCUUCGCUGGUCUUUGUUUUCUUUCUCUCCUCCUUUUCCUGUCAGAAGUCGCCACCCACUUCCUCCCUGAGUGAUUCUGAUUGGCCAAAGCUCUUAUUGGCACAGUGUUCUGAUUGGUCGAACGCAUACAGACUGUACCUGCAGCUGGUCGGCCAUGUUUGUAGUUUUAUUACAGGUUCAAAGUGCACUACUUAUUUAUGAAUUGGAGCGAUGUUGUAAUAUAUAAAUAUUAUUGAUAUUUAAUGUCACAAUUUAAAAAAGAAAAACAGGAGCGUGUUACCAUAGCAACAACACCGCCACCUUCAUCCGCCAGCGUCCCCAUCGACGCUUUGAAUCUGUCAAACUGUGAUCUGAUGAAAAGAUAAAACUGUUUAUUGGUCGAAACGAAAAGAUGUUGAAACCCUUUGAACAAGAGAAGCAGAGAUUUGUGGGUAAACUGACAGGAAGUGAUGUCAGUGUGACGCAUCAGAGAAAAGUUUCCAACCUGAAGACGAAACAUUUCUGAUUUGUGUUUUGGGUUAAAUUGGAUCGAAGUGUCGCUGAUCAUUGCGUCUGACUGGUUCUCUGAGGAGAUGAACGGUAAAAUAGAGUUCAGCUUCUUUACAACUGAGUCUGUCGAUGGAAACGAGGCGUUUGUUUGUCGCUAAAUUAUUUCAAGUCUUGGACCAAAAGUUUCCUGCAGCUCGCACCAAAAUACAGCCUGUUCACCUGUGGACGGCCUGAAGCCCCGCCCCCUCGCUCUGUCUGUGAGUUUUACUGUGAGUUGGUUCAUUUGAUGGUGGAAAGUUUCUCCCCCUGCUCUCACCUCCUGGUUUGGUUCUGCUCGGUUCUGCCCAGGUUGGAUCCAUAUUGUGUUGGUUUGUUUCGAUUCCAGCGAAGCUUCACCUGCAGAUAGAAGGUUGUUCUCAUUGUAUCGUGUUCUAGAAUAAACCCAGUCGACAUGUUUUGUCUUGUUUUGUAAUAAACCUUUGAAAGAAGU